AGGAGUCGAAAUUUCAGGUGCAACGAACUCUUGGGCCGGUGACGGAACAACUAUAUACAUCGAACUCUUCCACUGUUCUUAACGGUCCAACUUGGUUCCCACAGGCAGCCACAGGAUCUAUAGCUUUACGGUACCUCGCCGUAUUUCCUAACUCAGAUCACAGAUAUGGGAUACCUCAAGUCUACUGGAACUGUCAUCAUCUACACUGUAUUAUUUCUAGCCCUUCUUGCAUUUUUACCGGGCCUUCCACCAGAUGCUAAGUUUUCUGAAUACAGCGUGCCUCCCUUGCUGCACAGUCCGAAGCCAAACAAGAGACUAAAUAAUGCGGAAAUUUUGUUCAACGGAGAACUAAAGAGCGCUGAAUCUUUUGCCUCAUAUAACGGGGAGUUAUACACCGGGCUACAUGGUGGAGAUGUCGUGAAAAUUGUCGGCAAGCACAUCGUGCCUAUUGUAAAGUUUGGCCAGCCUUGCGAUGGACUCUGGGAGGAGAGUAAAUGCGGACGACCAUUAGGAUUACAGUUUGAUAAAAAUGGUGUACUGUACGUUUCUGAUGCGUACUAUGGCAUCUUCAAAGUCGAUGUUAACUCUGGAAAGUAUCAAAGAAUCGUAGAUUUCUCAGAAUCGAUUGACGGUGUGGCUGUUAAGCUACCCAAUAGUUUGGACAUUGCUGCAAAUGGAGACAUAUACUGGACAGACUCUAGCACAGAGUUUACUUUGCAAGAUGGGGUGUAUUCAUUGUUAUCGAAUCCCUCUGGCCGAUUAAUCAAAUACGAUGCAGCAACGAAGAAGAACACAGUGCUAAUCAAUAAUUUAGGUUUUGCAAAUGGAGUCAAGUUGAGCAAAGACGAGAGUUUUGUCAUUGUUGCAGAGACCCUAUCAUCUCGCUUGACAAAAUUCUAUUUGAAGGGAAAUAAAGCGGGUAGAGUCGAAUCUUUCUCCGAAGGACUUCCAGGCCUACCCGACAACAUUCACACGGAUACCGAAGAUGGGUUUUUGGUGAGUAUGGUGGUCACCAGGGAUCCAGAGCACCCAUCGAUCGUUGCUACCCUGGCACCCCACCCAUACAUAAGAAGAAUGCUGGCAAGACUUCUAUAUUUAUUGGAAGGGCCCUUCAAACUCAUCGAAGAUAUAUAUCCAAAUUACUUAGCUAAAAGAGUGGUCCACUGGAUUGGCCAUUUCGAAAGCUUGACCUCUUUACACCAGACUAAUGUCAUCGUACUCAGGAUAGAUGCGAGUGGUCAAAUCAUUGACACAUUGUUCAGUUCUGAUGAACAGAUCGGUUUUAUUAGUUCCGCGUACAUAUUCAAAGAUUAUUUAUAUCUGGGAUCUCCAUACAACGAAUAUCUUGCUAGGGUACCUUUGAAGCAAGCAUUUCCAUUCAUUAAACCUCAAGUUGGCAAAGUGGUCUCGGAGCAGGUGCCGAAAGGCGUUCAUAAGUCUGUUGAAGAAACAAAACCAGCGGCCCCUAAACCCGUAACAACUACGAUACCUCCUCCACCUCCCGCAAAGCCUGUCACACCUCGGCCCGCUACACAGACCACAGCAAAGUCUGCAGAAACGCCGACGACACCGAAGCCAGUUCAGACACCGCCACAGAAACCAACUACCGUUCCAACGCCAGCUCCGCAAAAGCCACAGCAAAAACAACAGCAACAGCAAAAACAACAGUCACCACCGCAACAACAACAGAAGGAAGCACCCGCAAAGCCAAAUGUAUCAUCCAAGGAAAAAAAGAGCGAACCACCGAAACAAGUGCCUUCUCCGUCUACGACACCUCCACCACCCUCGACGAAACCAGCGAGCAAAGAGAGCAUUCCUGUUCAGAAGGGAGGGCAGAAGCAAGCCGGUAGCGGACAAGUUCCAAACAAUGCUCAAAAGGUAUCACCCAAGCCUGAAGUAAAAAAUAGUGGGAAUGUAGAGGCAAAUAAAAAAGAACAGACCAAGCCAUCUACGGUCAACGUUCCGCCACCCCAAAACUAAUUCCAAUUUUGGUGGCAGACAGCUAAGUGAUAAGAGCGAGCGAUGGUGAUAACUGAACAAUAAGGUUGCAUCUUUCGUCCAGUAAAUAUGAUAAUAGAGUUAAGCAUCGUACAGCAACGAUUUUCCCAUUUUCUACCUUCCCCCUUAGUAGUCCAUAAUAUACGUCAACAUACGUCAUAACAAAAACAACGACAAAUAGAAUACGUCAGACCACAAGUGUUACAAACUGAAUUCUAAAAUUCUUAAGUCUAUCGCUAGUAAUUACUCAUGAUUAUAAUGCUAUACUCGAAUUUUAGUGAGAUAUAUUAUUAUUAUUAUUAUUAUUAUUAUUAUUAUUAUUAUUAUUAUUGUUGCUGUUGUAUGCUCCUCUUAGUAUUACGGUUAUUAUUGAUAUUGAAACUGUCGUAAAAUAUCGGUGGGUAGGCAUGAAAAUUCGUUAAUCAUUUAUGAAUGAAAAAAUGGAUGACGAAUAAUCGUGUACCAGAGGCUCGUUGGGUAUGACGGUUGUAGGAUAGAACAAACUAUGCCUCUAGACGUACACGUUAUACUUAAUAUAUUUUAUCAUUUUUGUUAUACUCUUAAUAUUAUUUAUUAUCUUCCACAUUCUUGUUUUUGGUUCAAAUUUAUCAUAGCCAUUCCGACGCAACAUUUUGGCUAAUAUAGGCCCUAGAUGGACGUAACAGGACUUUAAUAAGUAUAGAGUACUAUCAUUGAAUAAGUAUACUUACAUAUGUGUGUAUGUAUACGUUUAGUUAUAAUAUAAAAUAAUGUGAGCGAUUGCGGGAUGUCUAUCGUAUUUUGGGUGUAGGAAUGUGUGGUUAAUUAUGGUUAAUUGUGGAAAUAAAAUGAUAAUUAUUCUUUA